CGUCUGCACCACCACAACCACUACCAACUAAAGUUCGCAAGUCCAAGAUGAGGAACCCCUUUGAUAUGUCAGACCUCGACGCACUCGUCGAGGAACAACAAGAACGCCAGCAGAAUUAUGCGGACCUUCAUACUCACCAGUCGCAUGAUGGCGAUCGCUCUCUGUUGCAAGAUGAGCAGCGUCGCAGCGAUAACCUCAAGGACCGCUUUAUCGGUGCCAUCGACCAGGGCACUACGAGUUCCCGCUUUAUCAUUUUCGACUGCACGGGUGUUCCCGUGGCCAAAUACCAGAUGGAAUUCCGUCAGAUCCACGAGCGCUCAGGAUGGCACGAACAAGAUCCUUUCGAACUCGUCGAUUCGGUCUACACCUGUAUCGAAGAAGCAAUGAAGACUUUCCUCGCUCUGGGUCACUCCCGGGACGAGAUCGAGGCGAUCGGCAUCACCAGUCAACGUGAGACGGCACUUUGCUGGGACUGGGAGACCGGCGAGCCACUGCACAACGCGAUUGCCUGGCCGGAUACCCGCACCACUGGCUUGGUGCGAGAACUCAAGGCCAAGAAGGGCGCAGAGGACUUGUCGAAGAUUUGCGGUCUUCCGCUGUCCACCUACCCCUCUUCCGUAACGUUGAUGUGGAUGCUCCGCAACCUGCCCGAAGUGAAGAAGGCCUACGAUGAGGGCCGCCUUGCAUUCGGUACGGUCGACACAUGGCUCUUGUAUAACCUGAACGGUGGUCCGGAAGGUGGCCGCUUGGUGACCGACGUCUCCAAUGCCUCGCGAACCAUGUUCAUGAACCUCGAGACCCUUGACUAUGACGAUCGCCUGUUGAAAUUCUUCGAGCUGGAUCGGAAUAAGAUCCGCCUCCCCAAGAUUAUCCCCUCGUCCGACCCCGAAGGGUUCGGGUGGGUCCGGUCGGGGCCGCUGGACGGCGUUCCCAUCACCAGCUGUCUGGGUGAUCAAUCCUCCGCCCUGGUCGGUCACUGUGCUUUUACUCCAGGCUCGGCCAAGAACACUUAUGGUACUGGAUGUUUCCUUCUCUACAAUGUCGGUGAGAAGCCUGUCAUUUCGAAACACGGCUUGCUGGCCACCGUGGGCUUCCAAUUGGGCAAGAACCGGAAACCAGUUUACGCUUUGGAAGGUAGUGUCGCUGUCGCCGGAAGUGGUAUCUCCUUCCUGAUGAACAACAUGGGUUUCUUCCGUGAUUCACGCAAAGUGAGUGAGGUCGCAGCGAGUGUGCCUGAUAGCGGUGGUUGCGUGUUCGUCACUGCUUUCAGUGGUCUGUUUGCUCCCUACUGGAUUGACGAUGCCAAGGGUACCAUCUUUGGUAUCACCCAACACACUCAACGUGGACACAUUGCCCGCGCGACCAUGGAGGCCGCCUGUUUCCAAACGAAAGCCAUCUUGGAUGCCAUGGAACUGGACAGCGGACACAAAUUGACGGAGCUGGCCGUUGAUGGUGGUAUGAGUAAUUCCGACAUCUGCAUGCAGACCCAAGCCGAUAUCAUCCAAAUCCCCCUCGAACGACCGGCAAUGCACGAAACCACGGCGCUGGGCGCCGCCAUCGCCGCCGGCUUCGCCAUCGACGUCUGGAAGGACUUCAGCGAAUUGAAGGACAUGGACCGUGCCAACCGCACCACCUUCGUGCCCCACGUCACCCCCGCCCACAGCCGGAAGAUGUACCGACAAUGGACCAAGGCGGUCGAGAUGUCCCGCGGUUGGCUGGACACGAACGAGGAAAACGACGAAGACGAAGGCGAAGAAGAAUCCGAGCAAAAAGAACAACAAGCCCUCAAACACUGAAUAUGCCAUCGUUGUUGAGCACACGAUUUUCCCGAUACAGACCAAAGCGUCCCCAUGAUAUGUGAUUAUUCGUUCUGGGUGUGGAUUUGCGUUUCAGCGGUUUUUUGUUUUCAUCUUUGGUUUGAUGUUAUCACCGGGGUUUACGGGCUACACUGGGUUCUGGGUUUAAAGAGGAAAAUGGGAGGGGAGGAGGACACCUUCUCAGAAUAUUUUUUGUUCUCUUGAUGGCGGGAUGUUUCUACUUUGCGCUGGGGAUACCCGAUCUUCCAUACCGGCAUCUUUGACUCUCACACACACACACACAUAUACACACCACAACAUGGCUGGUAUAUCACAAUUUUGUUCUCUUUUUUCGUUUGGAUCUGAUGAUGACCACCAUUCCU